AGGCCGGAAGUAGCGCAGCGAGCCGAGGGGACGCCUCCCUCCUUCCGUUUGUUUACGUGCUGCUCUCCGGUCAGAUUCAAACCUUUUGGCCUUCUUUGUUUCACCAGAGAAGAGAAGCGGAGCGUCUUCCUGCGGGUCUGAACCGGUCCGGUCCGGCAGGAGCAUGGCGGACGGCCCCGACGCCCACGAGCCUCCCAGCGUCACCUACCCUCCGCUCAUCACCGUCUCCCACCUGCCCAGCGGGACCGGUAAUGCAGGUCGUCAGCUGAAGGAAUGGCUGCAGGAGCAGUUCUGUGACAAGCCGCUGGAGCAGGAUGACAUGCGGCUGCACAACGCAGCUCAUGUGGGGGACCUGGACACGCUGAGGGACCUGCUGCAGGAGGACGGCUUCAAACGACGUAUUAACGAGAAGUCGGUGUGGUGCUGCGGCUGUCUCCCGUGCACCCCUCUACGGAUCGCCGCCACAGCCGGACACGCCGCCUGCGUGUCCUAUCUGAUCGCUCAGGGGGCCGACGUGGACCUGGUCGAUGUCAAAGGUCAAACGGCACUCUAUGUGGCCGUGGUCAACGGCCACUUGGACUGUGUUCGGAUCCUGCUGGAGGCUGGAGCCGACCCCAACGGGAGCCGCCACCACCGCAGUACCCCGCUGUACCACGCAGCGCGGGUGGGGAGGCUGGAGAUCCUGCAGGAGCUGAUCAGGUUCAAUGCCGACGUGGACAUGGACUACCAGCUGGGCCCCCGGCUCCUCCUGAGCGCUCGUACCCUGAACACCUUGGUGGUGUGCCCCCUCUACAUCAGCGCCGCCUAUCAUCACCUGGAAUGUUUCCGGCUGCUGCUCCAAGCCGGCGCUCAGCCGGACUUCAACUACACCGGUCCCGUCUGCCACGAGGCUCUGACCCGGGGCCUGGCCUCCUGCCUGCUGGAUGCGGUGCUGCGACACGGAUGUGAGGUGGCCUUCGUCCACCUGCUGCUGGACCACGGGGCCAAGCCGGCCCUAGUACCCUGGGACGAGUCCGAGCUGGAGACGCCAAACCGGAGGAAGGUGAAUCCAGACGCGCUCAGGGUCUUCCUGGAAGCAAAGAGAAAUCCUCGUAGGCUGACACACUUGUGUCGCAUCAGGAUCCGCAGAACAAUGGGCAAGAGUCGCCUAACCCACAUAGCGUCGUUACCGCUACCAGAACCUAUCAAGAACUUCCUGCUCCACCAGAACUGACUUUCCUCCAUCCCGUGGUCUCGAAAGGAGCUCGUCCAACCUAAUCCCUGGAAAAGCAUUCAGAGAAAACUCCGUAAGUCCCAAAGACGAGACGGAGUUGUUGUGUUCUAACUUUCUAAAGCAGUUUUCCUCUCCAACUGUUCGGCCGUUAGCGGUACGGCUCAUCUUUGUGCCGCUGUGAGAAACAUCUGAAGAGUCUGAAGUCGUGGCUUUGUCUCCUCCGUGGAAAACCGUGUCUCGUACGCUCGACGUUUUUACCUGGAUGUGUUCUGUAUCGUUUAAAGUGUCAUGAUCAUGCUGCUGCAGCUUCGUACUUUCUCACCUACAUUCAAGAAAACCUGGAUUUGAUCCUUUUAAAGCUGCCAGAGUUAGCUGUAAUGUUGUAAUCUGGGAUUAUCCCUUUAACUGUAUGAUUCCAACCAUCUGUUAGGGAUUUAUUGAAGGUGCUUGCCUUUUUUCAAAAUGAUUACAACCGAGAAUGUUUCUAAAAGUAUUGGGCGGCAAAUGGUUUUAUCAGAUUAGCAAAUGGACGCCACAACAAGGUGCACUGUGAUGUCACCAUUUGGUUUGUUUGAAUCUUCCAUUGAUGCAUAACAGAUUUAUUUGUUGUUUACCACUGCUGAGAUGUUCAGAUGAGGAUUAUCACUGCAGGGUCACUACAGUGGCUCAGGAGGGUCAAAUAUAAACACUCCCUCUUUAGAAAAUCCGUUUGCUGCCCUUUAGCUCGACGGUUAGUUGUAGUUUGCAACACUUGUCUCUAGAUGGCACUACACCCCACCCACUCGCCCUUUAAAAUGUAAAUAAUUAGUAUUUUAAAGUUUCUCUACAUGCAUGAAUAAAGGAGCGAAACAAAACUCGUACUUUCUGACUGAAUGACGAGCAGAAGCUGACAUAUUGGGUCUAAAAAUGUGAAACUUUCUAGAAAAGAAAUUACAUUUUUUACAAGCCUUUGUGUUCACCUCCCAGAAUGACGACUUCCCUCCGAGUUUGGUGAUUUUCUCCUAAACUAACAUGUAAAUGUUUAGCGUGUUGAGCCGUUUGUGUGUUUUUUGGUUCAUUAUUGUUCUGAUUUGCAGACAGUAAAUACGAUUUCAGAUUGUUCUCGGA